CCUCUAUAACCAACACACUACUGGAAGGAAAUAAUAUUUACUGAGCUCUUAGUCACGCAGAGUGAAGGACAAGUGAGAAGAGGGAUGAUCAGAGGUCUCCAUUCCAAACACAAACAUUAUAAUCUGCUGAUGUGUCAUCUAGUUAUGGAUCUUGUUGUUACACAGAUGAAAUGACCUGGAAGGUGUAUUGUCCAGUGAAUUUAGGGUGUCCUUGAAGAGGGCAAGCCAUUAAAGAGAUAUGGCAAUUUCUAAGAAUGGCUUGACCAUCGUUGCCCUCCUAGUCACAAUCUAUAUCUUGGAAACAGGGAAGUUCAAUGGGUUAACAAACCUGGUUUUACCGGAGUCAGAUGAAGAUGUCUUCCUAUCUCAAAUUAGGGAUAAGAGGGAUGCACAUACAGACCAGUGGAAUUACAUUAUAGAUGUUGUGGUGAAUACCUCAGAUGUAGAAACAUUUCAGCUGAUCCAGUCUGUGCUGAAUGUAACAAGUCUUCCAAUACAGCUUGAUAACACCACAGAGGUCUCAGCCAUUGACAUCACAACAGUGUGUUCUCCAAAUAACACUGGCUACCAGUGUAGAUGUACAGAACAGUUUGCAUGGCCAUACAGCACCUGUGUCACCUAUGGAGCCUGUGAACACUUAUCCAAUGGCCUCUGUACCUGUAUCAAUGCCAUACCAUUGGAUGGCCAGUUCUGCCAACCAAUAUCAGAACUACUGUCUGUGGCUGAAUAUGAAGUAAAUAUCGAGUUGAACCUGACACAUAUCGACACAGUGGAUUUUCUCAGGAAUGUACUGAAUAGUGGCAACUUUUCUCUGACUCUUGGCCCUGCCAUCAAUAUCACACAUAUUGACAUCACCACAGUGUGUUCCAUUAAUGGGAGCACGUUCCAGUGCCGAUGUGAAGAUCAGUAUGUGUGGUCAUACAACAACUGUAUAACAUACGGAGCAUGUGAUGAGAUCACUGAUAACACGUGUGGGUGUAUUAACAGUAUUCCAUCUGAUGGCCGAUACUGCCUGCCAAAAAGAGAACCUCCAACUGUUUAUGAAUAUGAGAUUUUCAUAGAUGUGAACACUACAAACUUAAAUCACCUGAAAAACACUUUGAAGAAUAUCCCACUUCCCCUUCUUAUCAGUGCACAAGUUAACAUUUCAGAUAUCAAUGUUACUACAGUUUGCAGCCAAGAUAAUGCUGGGUACCAGUGCAGAUGUGAGAAUGAAUAUCUCUGGCCAUGUAACAAGUGCACCAUCUAUGGAAAAUGUAAUGGUACUGCACUUAACACGUGUGAUUGUAUUAAUGCCAUUCCCAGUGAUGGACAGUACUGUCAGUCAGUACACAGUCAAAACUUUACAGCGUGUUCUCAGAUGACCUCGACACCAACAACAACAGCUUCUCCAGCUAUUUAUGAGUACUUCAUAAAUUUUGAGUUGAACACCACAGAUGUCGCAGUAAUAAAUCAACUGAGGACCAUUCUUAGCAACACCAGUUACCCCAUCAAUGUCAGCAACCACAUAAAAAUCUCUGACAUUAACAUUACCACAGUGUGUUCUCCGAGCAGCGCUGGUUACCAGUGCAGAUGUGAGGAUCAAUAUCGCUGGUCAUGUGACCAGUGUUUAUCAUAUGGAUCAUGUGACAAUAUCACUGAUGACACAUGUGGGUGUAUCGGUGCAAUUCCCUCUGAUGGACAGUACUGUCAGCCUGUCAAUAACAACUUCACAUCUUGUCCUCUUACAUCUCCAACUCCACCACCAACAGGUUACACUCAAUACACAUCACCUAAUACUACAACAGAAAUGAGCACUACAACACCCACAACUAUAACAACAUCUCCUCCAGUAUUUUAUGAAUACAUAAUUUCUGUUGAGUUGAACACCACAGAUGUUGCUGUAAUAAAUCAACUGAGGACCAUUUUGAGCAACACCAGUUACCCCAUCAACAUCAACAAUCACAUACAAAUCUCUGACAUCAAUGUGUCUACAGUGUGUUCUCCGAGCAGCGUCGGUUACCUGUGCAGAUGUGAGGAUCAGUAUCGCUGGUCAUGUGACCAGUGUUUAUCAUAUGGAUCAUGUGACAACAUCACUGAUGAUACAUGUGGGUGUAUCGGUGCAAUUCCCUCUGAUGGACAGUACUGUCAGCCUGUCAAUAACAACUUCACAUCUUGUCCUCUUACAACACCAACUCCACCACCAACAGAUCCUCCAGUCCUUCAGGAAUACAUUAUUUUGGUUGAGUUGAACACAACAGAUGUUGCAGUAAUAAAUCAACUGAGGAUCAUUUUAGGAAACAAAAGUUUCCCCAUCAGUAUCACCAACCACAUGCAAAUCUCUGACAUCAACAUUACGACAGUGUGUUCUCCAAGCAGUGCUGGUUACCAGUGCAGAUGUGAGGAUCAGUAUCGCUGGUCAUGUGACCAGUGUUUAUCAUAUGGAUCCUGUGACAACAUCACUGAUGACACAUGUGGAUGUAUCGGUGCAAUUCCCUCUGAUGGACAGUACUGUCAGCCUGUCAAUAACAACUUCACAUCUUGUCCUCUUACAACACCAACUCCACUGUCAACAGACACACCACCUAAUGCUACAACAGAAAUGAACACUACAACACCCACAACUAUAACAACAUCUCCUCCAGUAUUUUAUGAAUACAUAAUUUCUGUUGAGUUGAACACCACAGAUGUUGCUGUAAUAAAUCAACUGAGGACCAUUCUGAGCAACACCAGUUACCCCAUCAACAUCAACAAUCACAUACAAAUCUCUGACAUCAAUAUGUCUACAGUGUGUUCUCCGAGCAGCGCUGGUUACCAGUGCAGAUGUGAGGAUCAGUAUCGCUGGUCAUGUGACCAGUGUUUAUCAUAUGGAUCCUGUGACAACAUCACUGAUGAUACAUGUGGGUGUAUCGGUGCAAUUCCCUCUGAUGGACAGUACUGUCAGCCUGUCAAUAACAACUUCACAUCUUGUCCUCUUACAACACCAACUCCACCAUCAACAGACACACCACGUAAAGCUACAACAGAAAUGAACACUACAACACCCACAACUAUAACAACAUCUCCUCCAGUGUUUUAUGAAUACAUAAUUUCUGUUGAGUUGAACACCACAGAUGUUGCUGUAAUAAAUCAACUGAGGACCAUUCUGAGCAACACCAGUUACCCCAUCAACAUCAACAACCACAUACAAAUAUCUGACAUCAAUAUGUCUACAGUGUGUUCUUUGAACGGCGCUGGUUACCAGUGCAGAUGUGAGGAUCAGUAUCGCUGGUCAUGUGACCAGUGUUUUUCAUAUGAAUCAUGUGACAACAUCACUGAUGACGCAUGUGGAUGUAUCAAUGCAAUUCCCUCUGAUGGACAGUACUGUCAGUCUGUCAAUAACAAUUUCACAUCUUGUCGUCCUACAACACCAAUUCCACCACCAGCAGGGUCAACACCUAUUUCCACGACAGAGAUGAACACCACUACAUUUGUGCCAACAUCACCGACAUUUUUGACAAACUCAACACCUAAUGCUACAACAGAAAUGAACACGACGACACCCACAACUACAACAACAUCUCCUCCAGUUUUUUAUGAAUACAUCAUUUCUGUUGAGUUGAACACCACAAAUGUUGCUGUAAUAAAUCAACUGAGGACUGUUCUGGGCAACAUUAAUUACCCCAUCAACAUCAACAACCACAUACAAAUCUCUGACAUCAAUAUGUCUACAGUUUGUUCCCCAAAUGGUUCUAUAUACCAGUGCAGAUGUGAGGAACGAUAUCAGUGGUCUUGUCAUAUGUGCUCCAUGUUUGGAAAAUGUGACAAUUUUACGGACAACGCUUGUGGCUGCAUCAAUGCUCUUCCCCCAGAUGGUGUUUACUGCCAGCCUGUGUCAGAUGUGGUUAUUUGCCCAACACCAACUCCACAAACUAAUACAACACCUAAUGCUACAACAGUCCUUAACACUACAGCUGCACCUACAUCACUGACAGCUAUGACGAAUGCUACAACAGAUGUAAACCGUACUACAACUGCAACACCAUCAAUGACAAAUGUGACAGACACAACAUCAAGUGCUACCACAGUUUUGAACUCUACUACACCAGCACCAACAUCACCUACAGACGUGACAAAUACAACACCUAAUGCUACAACAGAAAUGAACAUUACAACACCCACAACGAUACCAACAAUGGAAGUUACAAACACUACAACAGUCCUGAAUACUACGAUAACACCAACCUCAGUGACUGUAACAAAUACAACACUCAAUGCUACAACUGAAAUAAAUGCUACAACAAUACCAACAACUGAAUUUAACAAUGCUACAACAUAUCUGAGCACUACUACAGCGGCACCAUCAGUGACUAAUGUGACAAAUGUUACAGCAUAUCUAAACAUGACUACAGCUGCACCAACAUCAGUAACAAACACAACACCGCAAGCUACUACAGAGAUGAACACAACAACAUCCACAACUAUACCAUCUACUGAAGUUAUGAGCACAACAUUUAAUGCUACGACAGGCAUGAACACAACAACACCCACAACUAUACCAACAACUGAAGUUACCAACACUACAACGGAUCUAAACAUUACUACGGCUGCACCAACAUCAGCAGACACUCUAACAAAUGCUACAACAGUUCUAAUUACAACCACAGCUGCUCCAACAUCAACGAUGGACGUAAGAAACACAACACCUAAUGCUACGACAGUCCUCAACACUAUAAAACCUACAACUUUACCAACAACUGAAGUUACUAAUGCGACAACAGUCCUGAACACAACAACAAGUGCACCGACAUCAGUGGCAGCUAUAACAAAUUCAACAUCAGUUGCGACAACCAUCAUAAACACAACAACAGUUGCCACAAGACCAAUAACUUCAAUAAAUUUAACUACAGUUGCCACCACAAAUAUGAAUACAACUACAGUUACCACAAUACCAACAGCAGCUGAAACCGAUUCAACACCAGUUGCUACAACACUCCUCAACACUACAAUAACUACAACUUCACCAACAUCUUUUUUCACAGUAGUCACAAAUUCGACAGCUGUUGCUACAACCAUUAUGAACAACAUAACAACCCUAAUGCCAACAGUGAUGACACAUUUGACAUCUACAGCCACAGAACCAGUCAACACUACAAUAACGACAUCUUCACCAUCCACUGCAGUUUCAACAAUUGCCACAACAUAUAUGAGCACGACGGUUGUUACAAGUGUUGAUGGGACAAGCCCUAAUGCAACACAAAGUUCAACAACUUCAGAAGUUAUGACUACGCCAGUUGCAACCACCACUACAAAUGCAAUGACUAUGAAUACAAUUGUCACCAGCACUCCUGGAGCUCCCAAUGAAGUUUCUACAGGACCUGUGGUUACUACACUUAUUACCAGCAGCGCUAUUCCUACAACUACUUCUACUACUCCUAUUCCUACCACUACAACAACAACUCCUACCACUACGACAACAACUCCUACCACUACAACAACAACUCCUACCACUACGACAACAACUCCUACCACUACAACAACAACUACUACCACAACUUCAACUACGAGUACCACUGUCACUGUUGGUGCUACCGCAACUAUCCCUGCUACUACAACGACCAGUACAAUUGCUGCAACUACUUCACUACCAGGAAUCAGUGUAGCAGUGUCUAUGAGAUUAGACAGAGAGUAUAGCCCAGCACUGAGUGAUUCAACAAGUUCUGAAUACAAGAGUCUUGAAGAACAGAUUCUUCCUCAGUUAGAAAGAGUAUAUCGAAGCCUGGCUGGGUUUAUUCGUGUUUCUAUAUUGGGAUUCAGAGAAGGGAGUGUCAUAACAGAUUUUGUUAUUGAAGCAUCAGAAAUUGGACCCGAUGAACUGGACACAGCAAAUCAAAAUCUCACUGAAGCAAUGAGGGAUGUUGCCGCAAUCAUUGGAUCACCUUCUACAUCGUACACCUCUCCGACUCAACUCACUCUACGUCAAAGAAUCACUUAUACUGGUAAAACCAUGAGACUGCAGUGUGGGCCCCCUCCAGAAAACAUUGAUGUGGGACAAAUUAAUGGGGCUGAGUGGAGAUUUAAAGGACGGGUAAUUGACAGUGACAGUGGAAGGCUUACAGCCUCUACCAAAACCUCAGAGUCUGAGCUUACAGUGAACAACGUCAUUCUUGCUGAUAUUGGACUUUAUGAAUGCACCUUGAAGGGGAGGGUUAUAAAUUAUAUCCAAAAAAGAUCUGUAACAACAGAUAAUAUUCAACCAGCUCCUAAUGUGCGACUACAAAGUGUUGUGAAUGUCAAGUGCAAUGAAGGAGCAGAGGAGAUCCUUAAAUGUUGUGUGCAGCCUGAAUAUAAAGUCAAGUGGUACAACGAAGAUGGUGGUGUUUUGCCCUCAGAGAAUAAUUCUGAGAAUGACGAAUAUUGCAUCAGACACAAGUAUAAGGUGACAAGUUGCAACCAACAACAGAGAACAGAGAUUUUUACAUGCCGAGUGAAUAACCUAAAAGAAUAUGAAAUGGAAACAAAAUUGAUUGUGUUCCCAGGAGCUGCUACAUGUGAGGACACACAGUUUGGGAGUGGAAGAGCAGGUGAUGAAUCGACAAUAGAAUGUGAUAAAGGUCAAGAGGGGAACAAGACUGCUGAAUGUCAGAGUACAGGGGAGUGGAGGCUUGUGAAGGACACCUGCAUUGUGACAAAAAUCAAAGAAUUGUUGGUCGAGUCAGAGGGUUUGGUUGAGGUUGCUGUCCCAGAUUUUGUGGGAAAUCUAAGUGAAACUGUUGAAACGGAGAAAACAGAAGUUACCGAAUCAUCUGAAACCAUAUCAGCGAUUGUUGACAUUAUUGAAACAGUUGCUGGAGUAACUAAUGUUGUCACUGAACCUGUCAUGCAAAGUGUACUAGAAACAGUUGAUGUCAUUAUUGCUGAUGAAGCAAGAGAGUCCUGGCAAAUUCUGAAUGCAAAUGAAGCCCGUAAUGCCAGUUCAGAAUUAUUGGGCUCACUUGAAGUUCUCGCAGAUGGUCUAUUUGGAGAGUUUACCAUCAGGACUCAACGGAUCCUGCUCAACAGAACUGCAUUUAAUGACUCCUUUAGAGCAUUCUUGAAUUCCAGUGUUGACAUUCACAUUCCUGACACAAAUAUGGAGAAUGUCUUCAUCACCACUAUCAUUUUCUCAACAUUAGAUAAUGUUUUGCCACCACGGAAUGCUAGCUUCAAUGUCAGCCUCUUUAACAUCACCAGCAACGAAACUGUUUUUGAUAACACCAUCAAUGCUGCAGUGGUGCUCAUCAGAGUAAAUGCAACGAUUAACAAUGUUACCCUGAGCUACAGCAAGAAAAACAACUCUUUGAUCCUGAACACUCAGUGUGUUUUCUGGAACUUCAUACUCUUUGAUGGCAUAGGUGCAUGGGAUGAUGAAGGCUGUACAUUUGUUUCCGACAUUAAUGACACUGUAACCUGCAACUGCAGCCAUCUCACCUCCUUCUCAAUACUGAUGGCCACUGACAUCCCUUCUUCAAUCAAAGAUAUCUUGGAUGUCAUCACCUAUGUUGGUGUUGGAAUAUCUAUGGCCAGCCUAAUUAUAUGUCUGAUUAUUGAGGGAUAUGUUUGGAAAGCCAUCACUAGAAACAGCACUGCCUUCAUGCGUCAUGUUUCUAUUGUAAAUACAGCUCUAUCUCUUUUGAUUGCAGACAUCUGUUUCAUUAUUGGGGCUGCUAUUGCCAAGAAUCCCCUUGAAAACCCAAAUGAAAACUAUCAAGUUCCAGUUGGACCAUGUAGCACAGCAACAUUUUUUAUGCACUUUUUCUACCUUGCACUGUUCUUCUGGAUGCUUGUUUCAGGCCUUCUCCUCUUCUACCGCACAGUUAUGGUCUUCUCCCACAUGUCUAAGUCAACCAUGUUAGCCAUCGGUUUCAGUCUAGGCUAUGGGGCCCCACUAAUAAUAGCUGUCAUUACUGUUGCUGUUACUGCAUCAACAGAUGGGUACAUCAGGGAAAAUGAAGCCUGCUGGUUGAGAUGGAAAGACACCAAGGCUUUGUUGGCUUUGGUGAUACCUGCCUUAACUAUAGUUUUCAUUAACAUUAUAAUUAUGUUCGUGGUCUUGGUCAAAAUCCUGAGGAGAGGUGUAGGAGAUGCUGCCCAGCCAGAUGAAAAGCACACACUGAAGGUCAUUGCAAGAUGUGUGCUCAUUUUGACUCCUUUAUUUGGACUGACAUGGGCUUUAGGAGUGGGGACCAUGGUCUCACCAACAGAUAAAGGAAUCCACAUUGCCUUUGCAUUCUUCAAUUCACUGCAGGGUUUCUUCAUUUUAGUGUUUGGAACACUAAUUGAUUCAAAGAUUCUUUCUAUCCUCUCAAGAAAUGUUCCAACACUAAGCUCAGGCUCCAAUCAAACAGGAACCAGAAGCACAAGUGGUGGUAGUUCUACUCUCAGUGGCCUUAUGGGCAGACUACGUGGAAGAAGAUAUGUCUACCAUGUGUCACAAACCACCAGCUCCAGUGGCAAUGAACCGGUGGAGUCAUAUUCAAAUAUUUGAAUCGGAAGAUUGAUCACUUCUUGUUAUCUGUCAAGUACACAUAAUCAAUGCUACAAAGAUGUUUGAAAGGGUCUGAAUUGUAAUGUUUCUAUUAGCCUUCCAGUGCCUGGGUGAGCAUAUUAUGAACACUUUGCACUUCAUGUUAUAAAAAGUCAUUUUUCAGAGUUUGUAUUAGGUCAGAAUUCAAAACUUGUUCAUUUUUUGAGUAAUUUUAAAAAUUCUGACCCAGCUACUAAAAUCAGCACAUUGUAAACAAUGGGAAAUUACUACACUAGCAUCUAAAUUAUGUAAAACAUGCACACUGACACAUUUCAGCAUUUAACAUUUGACCAACCACAAAAAAAAUAAUGAAGCAUAUUAACCAAUGUUGCUGUUAAUCACGGACAUAUGCCAGGCAGUAAAAAUCAGUUUUUUGUGUA